AUUUGAUGGCUUAUCUUUCGUGUUUAACCCUUUCCGUAGUACUUAGUCAUUUGCUGCUCGUCAUGACCAGCCCGGAAGCAGAAAACAGUUCUCCGAUUGUGAAUUUGGCCGGUUUGGGAGCGUUACAAGGCUCCACUGGUAAGAGUGCCUGGACGGGGCGCGAGUUCUCUCAAUUCUUGGGCGUACAAUAUGCGCAGUCCACUGGCGGUCAGAACAGGUUUAAGCCUCCGAAAAAGGUUGCCCCAUGGCAAGGAAUCAAAGAUGCGACACGUCACGGGAUGCCUUGCCCGCAGAUGAAGCUUAUCUCUCAGUUUACCGGCAAAGCGUUUGUAGGGGAUGUGGAAGAUUGUUUGACUGUGUCGAUUUACAGCUCGGAUCUGGCAGCCCGCAGACCAGUGAUGGUUUUCGUCCACGGUGGAGGAUUCCAUGAGGGCAGUGCCAAGAACCAAACAGCCGAAUAUCUGAUGGAGCGCGAUGUCGUACUGGUGACGGUACAGUAUCGAUUGGGUCCGUUAGGAUUUCUUUCGACGAAAACGGAACGCAUACCGGGAAAUGCAGGGCUUAUGGAUUUAACGCUAGCCCUAGAAUGGAUACAGCAGCACAUCGAUCGAUUCGGUGGCGAUCCGAACAAUGUUACGCUCUUUGGACAAUCGGCCGGUGCGGCCGCUAUUUCGGCGCUAAUGUACAGCCCCAAAGUGUCGGACGGAUUGUUCCACAAAGUGAUACUGCAAUCGGCCGGAUCUGCAUCGCCAUGGGUAUGGGACAAGGAUCCGAUCGGUAGUGCCACUGGUAUCGCAAUCAAUGCCGGUUUGCACGCGAACGCUACGCUGGAUGAGAUUGAAGCAUUUCUUCAGCAGGUGGACGUUUGGACACUUUUGCGUAGCUUCAUUGACUUAAAGGUGCAGAAAAGCAUAGCGGAAGGAUUGGACCAUGUCGGUGGGAAUCGGCUCGUGACGGAAGACUAUCACGGAUUUCUACCGCAAACUCCGUGGGAAUGUAUGAAGCAGGGCAAGAUAAGGAAUAACAUACCGAUGAUGGCGGGUGUGACGAAGCACGAGGGAACGUUCCUUUUAACCUCCGUGUACGAUCAUUUCAAACGCACCGGGAAGCUAGAUGAUGCCAAAUUCAUAAAGUAUUUUCUUGUUGAUGAAGUGAACAAGUUUCUCGGAGCCCGGGAUCCAACCGGUGCGCUGGGAGGGUACGAGAUGCGAACUUUGUUCUCCGGGAAAGAGCUAGAAAGUGGGGAUUUUGGUGAGCUAGCAGAUGGAUUAAUUGAUUUGGCAGGAACCAUAUUGAUAAAAGCGCCACUGUUACGUGAAGCUCAAGCUAAUGCUAGAACGAGCCCAAAUUCAACAUAUCUUUAUUCAUUUGAUUAUGUCGGAGAGCACACACGGUUUGGGUAUGGUAGCGAUACAUCUCAUUAUCCGUUUGAUGGUGGAGUACAUCAUUCGAACGAUAAGCUGUACUUGUUUCCUUAUCCACCGGGAAAGCCGGAUAAGCUAAACGAAAAUGAUACUGCCAUGGCAAAGCUGAUGGUUGAUCUGUGGACGUCGUUCGCAUCGGAAGGAGUUCCAAAGUCGGCACAUCUCACUGUUCAGUGGAAUCCGAUGGAACACUAUGCCGGUCCGUACUUACACAUUGACGAUCCACAGAGCGUUGGUGAUAAUUAUUACGUCGAAUUUACGGUAGCAAGUGACGAGAAACGUCAUCGUCUUAAGGAACACGUAUAG